UUCGUCAUUGUAAAAAUAACUAACGUAUACUUGAUGUUUAAACAAGAAAGUACCUGUUUGUUCAUGUGUUUGGGGUUUCUUUUUGGUGAAAAUUGAAAAUUGAUUGAUGCUAAUAAGAGCCAAGUAAUAAAUAAAUUUAAAAAAUAUUUAAACUUAAGUCAACCCGGUACAUCAAUAGUCCAUGAAUGCAGGGAAUUGAAAAACAUUGGAAAAAAGAAAAAAUUAAGAUCUAAAUAUACAGAAAUAAAAACACAAAACAAUUAUCUAUACAAUUAUAGCAACAAUGUUGCUUAAACGUUCGCCAAUAACAACUACGACAACGAGAACAAGGAUGAACAGCAGCAAAACGCCAUUGUCGCCUUCACAACACUCAGUGUCAUUAUGGCAAAAUAUCAAUUUUAAUCAAAGCAUUGACACAACAGCAACAAAAAUUGCAAAAAAUCAGUGUAAAUAUAGGAAAACAAAAACAUCAUCGACAUUGUCGUCGACAUCAUCAACACCAUCAUGGGAUACUAGAGCUCACAGAAAAGUCGAACAUAAUACAAACAACAGCAACAACCAUAACAAUAAGAAAUCACAAAUCUACAAAAGAAAACAAUUUUAUAGCAAACAACAAAAGCAACAAAAAACAACAGCAAUCGAAUGCUGCAGCAACAUCAACAUCAGACCAAGUGAAAGCAGCUCUCAAAGCAAUCGAAAACGACACUUGCUGCUCGGAAAUUGUUGGUGGUCACCGUUGCCAUCAUCAUUGCGCUCCACUUGGAUUCUUUGCCUUUGGUUAUGGAUUGCAAUUUCAUCAUUGGUAUUUGUUCAGUGUAUACCAUCACCAUCUUCAUCGAUACAACAACCGCAAAAACGAGGUGGUGGCUCUGCUGAUAUAUCCAAGGACCAAUGCAAUAAAACAGUGGACAUUUUUGAGGAUGUCAGUUCGCCGGAAGUGAAUCACAUUAAUGUGGGUCGCCCACUCACCUGUUGGUAUCGCUUUCGUACUCUUAAAGGAGCGCCUAGGGAUUUUGUGCUGAGAUUGCGUUUCAAGAAAUUCAAAGUGGGCACUUUGCUUAAUGCAACUCACUGCGAUGGAGGAUAUCUGCAGAUUGUGGAUGGUAAUGCCAAAACUGAUGUUUCGAACCGCCGUGAGCCAGGCAUGUUUUGUGGAGAAGCAGAGCAGCCACAAACCUUCAUCAGUGAGACAAGUUAUGUGAAAGUUAUGUUCCACACGGAUAAUUUUACCGAUCAGACUUAUUUCACAUUCGAUUCCCGUGCCGAGCAACAGACCGAGGUUUACCUGCGCUAUGGCCAGCAUCCCGAAUUGUAUCCCAAUCGACGCGGCGAAGUAGUCCAAGGGUCCUAUUGUGAGCGGGAAUAUCGUGACUGUCGUCUCCAGACCUGUUACGUUCAAUCGCCAGCCUACCCCGGCCUCUAUCCGAGAGCCCUCAACUGUCGCUACAAAUUGCACACACGUCAACCCUACAUCAAAUUGUAUCUGCAGAACGAACAGUUUGCGGUUGAUGGCCAAAGAUGUGAAAAUGUCAUGACCUGUCCCAUUAGGCACAUAAGUUCUGGCAAUGAGCAUUGUCCCUAUGAUUGGUUGGCAGUAUACGAUGGACGGGAUGAGCAUUCGCCCUUGAUUGGAAAGUUUUGUGGUCUGGGCAAAUUCCCAUUUAGCAUAAUAGGCACUUCCCAAUACAUGUACGUUGAGUUUGUUACAUCACCUGCCGGACCUCUACUGAACACAGGCUUUCAUUUCAAUGUUGGCAAUUGGCCAGGUCAUGUGGAAACGGCCGGCAUUAAACAUGGCAUAUGCGAUUGGCUUCUAAGCUCUGACUCGCUCAAAGAUAGCAGCGCCAGCGAGGGCAUAUUCCUAAGCAUAGCCCAUUGGUAUCCACCGAACACCUCAUGCAGUUAUCACAUCAAAGGACGUACCGGUGAAAUAGUGCGUCUAUAUUUCCCAAGCUUCCGCAUAAAUCGCAUAGAGUCCCCCAUAUUGAAAUAUGAUGGAGAUUGUGGCGAAUCCUUGACCAUCUAUGAUUCGGAUCGUGCCGAUCCUGCUCGCAUUAUAAAGACCUUCUGCGAUACCUUCUCACGGCCCAUGGAAAAGGUGGACUUUGUUAGCACCAGCCCUUCGCUGUUCGUUCAAUUCGAGUCCAAGACCGGCUCUUAUAGUGGCUCCUCUCUGUACUAUUGGGCCCAUUAUGAUUUCUUCAAUAAUACCCGCUUUGGAGAUCCUGUGCCCAACACCCUAUGCGAUGAGGUUAUGUAUGCAUGGAAGCAUCCUGGCGGCAAAAUUAGAUCUCCCAUGAAUUCAUUGAUUUUCAAACGCACCGGUGGUUCAGAUGUCAGAUGCCAAUAUAAAUUUGUCACCGAUCGCCGCUUGUAUGCCCGUGCCGUCAUCGAAGUCAGCUCUGUGAUGUUCAAGGAGUUGCCAUACAACAAUAAUGCCUGCACUCGCUGCCACGAGGAGAGAGUGGACAAAUUGGUCAUCUGGGAGGAGAGGGAGAAGUUCCAAAAUAAUUUGGCCUGUUUCUGUGACAAUAUACCCAGGCCAGUGCGGGUCAUAUCGUCCGCAGAUCAAAUGAAUUUGGAAAUGAUUGUACAGGGUCAACAUGCCAUCACAUCCUACUUUAAGAAUCCCAAUCCUCUGUUUGAGGCCUCCUAUGAGUUUGCCCACGGGCCUUUGUGUGGGCCCAUCACCUUGGGACCUUCGCCCGAUGGCGAAUUGGUGUAUCCCCACAAAAAGGCUUUGGCCUUGGUCACGGGACCCAUGGCCCCACAGCCCGAGCACCACUAUAGACGCGAGAAAUGCAUUUGGGAAUUAAAGGUGGCCUCUCAGCGAGACCUUUGGUUGAAUUUGGAAAAGGCCCGCUUUGGAGACCGCACCUGCGACAGUGCCAAAAUCGAGGUAUAUCUGGCGGGACGGCUGGAGCCCCGCUUCAUCAUAUGCCCCGAAAAUGUGUCCCUGGCAAGAGAUUUGCCCAUACUAUCCACUGCCGAUUUGGGGGCAAUGGGAUCCGAUCAAGAACCCUUGCCGGUUCUCAUUCAAUACACCGGUGACGGACAGCCUGGCAAAAAUAUAUUCCGUCUGGUGUGGACCGAACUAUUCCAUUUGCCCCGAAAUCCGGACGGUAGUUUGGCCGCUUCUCUGCUGCAAGACAAUGAGUGCAGCUUCAAGUGCCCCGGGAACACCAACAUCUGCCUGCCGCGCCAUCUCGUCUGCGAUGGCAUACAAAACUGCCCCAAUGUCAGCCACAAUUCGGCCCAUUUCGAUUUGGGCCUGGCACAACAUUUGCAAUGGAAUCUGGAACAGUUGGAUCUCUGGCACCAGCACAAGGACCAAGAGCAUUUGAGUAACAAGAUCUUGGACGAUGAAGCGCCUUUGCUGUGCGCCAGGGAGUAUCGGCGUAGUAUGACCAACGGCGAAAUAGCCUUUUUCAUCACAAUAUCGGGGGCAAUUUUGAUUCUAAUAACGCUGAUAUUGCGUCUCAUGUGUCGGGGGUCAAAGCACAAGGAUUUGACAGCCAAAUACUAAUGAAAGAAUUAAAUAAGAAAGGUCAAAAACUAUUGUCUUACGCACACUACUACACACACAAAAAAUCCACACAGGCAUUUGUUGAAAUCUUUUCAAAGACAAAGGAAACUAGGAAAACAAACACUCACACACACACACACACACAAGGUUAUUUAGUGAAUAGUUUAAACUCGAAACGAAGAGACAAAAUACCACACUUACACCACAUUUACAUAUAUGAUUGGUAAGAGUUGUCAAGGCUCAGUUUAAGAAUCAUUUUUUUUUUAAUUUUUAGAUUUUUUGUUCUAGAAAACGAUAAACUGCCUUUAUUUGCCGCCAUUAAAGAAAAUUAUUUAGAUUUAGAAAAAAUAUAUCAACAUUAUAACACUCACACAUACACACACAUAUGUACACAAGAAUUAUAACUUUUAAAAAGUUAAAACCAUACACCAACACAAUUGAAUAUUAGUUACAAAAAUUUUAAGGAAAUCUUUCACAAGCUCUCCUAUUGGGCUAACUGGCACUAGUAACAAAACUUUCAGAACUCCUCUUGUUGUCUUUCCAUCUUCCUCACUCACUCUCUCUCUCUCUCUCUCCCGGUUAAGAAAACAAGACAAGGCUAAAUCACCGACAUUGAGGCUACACCAAUGCAACUAAACGGACAACAACAAGCAAAGUCUCCUCAGACCGCCAAUAAUAAAUGAAAUGAAUACAAUAGCAGAAAAAAAUAUAACAAAAAAAAAAGAUUAUGAAAAAAAUUAAAACAAAUGGAAAGAAAUUCUAAAGAAUGUAAUAUUUUUUUGCACAAAUAUCGUGGAAAGAGAAUUACCCAAAGAAAAAAAAGAGAAUAAAUAUUUUGUGAAGUUAAUUUAUAAGGAAUUAUAGAAAAACCAACAAAAAAAAAGGACAAGGACAAUGGACAGCAGCAGCAAUUGUGUAAAUUGCAAAUUUUGUCAGGCAAAUAAACCCCAAACAAAUGUUGAUGUAAAAAAUAUACACAAAACCUUCCAAAGAAAAAGGAAAACAGAAAAAAACUCACCCCUCUCCCAAAAAACAAUAACCAAAAUCAGAAUAAAAAAGACACUGCGCAGAUCUUCAAUUUAGAGAAGACGCCCAUUAUGAUUGUACACGUAGUUUUUAAUGCAAAUGACCUUAGCCAAGUAAGAUUAUGAUUAUUAUGAUUAUGAUUAUGAUUAUUAUUACUAUAAUUAACAUAGUAAUUAUUUGUAAAUGUAAGAUUGUACGCAACAUUUAGACGCAAUACAAAGAAAAGGUGAAGAAUAGCCCCAAAGAACAAAUAAUUGAUAUAAAUAAUAAUAAAAAGCAAGGAUAUACCUGAA